UUGCAGCCCGUUGAUGAGCAUGCAGUAUCGGUUUCGCAACAACAGCAAAAUAGUUUCAAACAAAUAAUCUGGCAACUCAUCUACGCGCGGAACAUCACCUCGGAGUUGGAGCGCGUGAGAGCAAUCUUCUUCUGGCUUUGCACCAAGGAUCUGAACAACAUGACAUUUAACAAUGUAAAGCCUGACUCGCCUGAACAGAUCCUCAUGGACAUUCGCACGAAGAAAACAACAUAUGCGGACGUUUUCCUUACUCUCUGUCGAUACGCGGAUCUGCACUGUAAAUUAAUUCAGGGAUACGUUAAAGGCAUUGGCUACUUGCCGGGCAUGCGAUUCGCCGGUUCUAUUUACAAAAACCCCUGGAAUGCCGUGCUGAUCGACGGCGUUUGGCGCCUCGUUGACUGUCAGUGGGCAGCCCGUACUGAUGUCAAGAAAAGGCCCAACGUGAGGGAAGUAUUGUACAGUCUGAACACCUUCUGGUUCCUCACCGACCCGGGUCAGUUCAUCUAUUCGCACUUUCCAGAUGAUGCUGACUGGCAACUGCUGCACAAUCCAAUCACGCUGAAGGUAAGUGUUCAGCGUUCCUUCUUCUUAACUCGACUGUAA